ACUCCCAUGACUGGCAGCUAGUAUAAAAGAACCAAACCAGCUCCUACAUGUUCCACACAUGUACAUCUGCAGCAGCAAAAAAGGAAAGCUGUUGAGUAAAUCAUCACAUUCAAAAUGAAGCUGCAUAUUCUAUCAGUGUUUUACAUUUGUGCCUUGAUACUUCUCCUUUCUUACAAGGCACAGGCACAUCGUUAUAUUAUUGAUGAUGAGGAAGAAGAGGGUGGUGAAAUAAGUCUGACGAAUGACAAAGAAGUCACUAAAAUGCUGAAAGAGCUCAAGAAAUACCGUAGUCAAGACAAACAGCAAAAACAAAUUAAUCAGCUGAAGCAGUUGGCAAGAGAAUUGCAGAAACAAGUUGUAAUUCUCCAUAAUAAACUGCAUGAAUGCAGCAAUGAAGAAAAAGAAAGGACUGAACAAGAAGACACAUCAGCCAAUAAAACAUCAAUCAGACACAAAAGGAGCAUCCAGAAUUCUGCUGGUACUACUGGUGGUGCCACCUACAUCCGUUGGGGAAGAAGCACCUGCCCACAAGGAGUUGAACUGGUGUAUAAUGGAGUUGGUGCGGGAUCCCAUUACACCCACAGCGGGGGAGGCAGCGACUACCUGUGUGUUCCUCAUGACCCUGAAUGGGGGGUUACCACAGACGGGUUCCAAUCCAACUCCUUUCUCUAUGGAGUAGAGUUUGAAAUACAAGCCAAUAACCCCUUCCUCACUCACAACACUCCAAAGCUGACAACAGUGCAUGACCAGAGUCCACGUUGUGCUGUCUGUCGCAUCCCUUCAAGGUCCAGCCAGGUCAUGAUUCCAGCUAAAAUGACCUGUCCAGCUAGCUGGACCAAGGAGUACGAUGGCUAUCUUAUGUCCUCCCAUCACACACAAAAAAAGUCUCAGUUUGUCUGUGUGGACAAGGCCCCAGAGGUAAUGGACGGGGGAGAUGGCGACCAAAAUGGUGCUUUAUUUUACAUAGUGGAAGCACAGUGCGGGUCACUGCCUUGUCCUAGUUAUCUAUCUGGGAAAGAAAUAACCUGUGUUGUGUGCUCUAAGUAAACUAUCCCAGAU